AUGACAGACGCCUGCAGCCAGUUUGCGUUCAGUCCUGCGGUCGAGUCCUACGGGAACUUGAUGGUGGCAACGGUGACCUUGAUGAACUGCCUGCCGAUGGUCCACCGAGUCAAAAAGUACUCGAUCUUCAUUGCGGCAAUCACAUCGAUUUCGAGUCUCUUCUUUGGCGGGAUUUCGCGGCUGUCGAUGUACAUCGUCGCUCGUGCUUAUCGUUGUGUUUAUGCUUGUGCUUACCGGUGUGCCCUCCUUGCCGAUUCUACCAACCAGAACGCAGCGACGAGCUGCACCCCCAUUGCCAGCUUGGAGCUACUGUUCUUCACCACUCAAACCCUCGCAAUCCAGGGAAUCCUGCUAUAUCGAAUCGUUCGCUUCGGCCAAAGCCUAUCGCAUGUCGUCCAGAAGGCAGUCUUGAUCCUCUUCAUCAUCUACGUCCUGGUCGGGGUCUAUCGCUUUGUUGCGAUCAAGAGCGCAGUACUUCCGCUCUGCCAGUGGAUGAUGGUCGAUCCCUUCAAGUCGGUCUUCUCAGGGGCAAGCUUCAUCCUCGACAUUGUCGUAUUUGCUACAUCGUCCUAUCUCAUCUGGGGCAAACCCGUGUCUGCUGGCAUUGUGCUGUCGUCGAUGGACGACAUCUCCGACAAGCCAGGAUACCAGCCCGACGAGACCGAAUUGGAGAAGGCACAGAUCCUGCCCAAGAAUCUCUAUUACUCGGCCUGUAAUCUCUGCAUUCACAUUGCGUAUCUUUGGUACAGUCAAAGCACAUUCGGUGCCUCUUGGUUUGUCAUCGAUCAGGUCCGCAAUGUGAUCGACUGUUACUUUUGCUACGAUGCCAUCCUCGGCGAAGUCCUUGAUUCGGUCUGUGCCGACGCAACUGAUCGCACCCUCAGACUACAGAAGGGCACGAGCUUUCUUGGACAGCCCCAGACCGCCAAGCUUCAGCGAGAAAAGAAGCGCAUCAACUCGGAGCGCAAUAUGAUGCACACCUCCUCCACAGACAUUGACAAAUUCUCGAUGAAGGCCGAUCGGGUCGACAACAACCCGCGCUACGGCGCCCCGUCUUCGAUCAACAACGGCCCAUCCACCACCCCUCAGGCCAUGGGCACUCCCAUCAGCGGAACUCGCUCGCGCAACUCCUCGGCCGAGAUGCUCAAGAACUUGUGA